AUGGAACAGCGCGAGGAAGCAGAUAAGGUCAAUGACUUUGGACGAGAUCCAAUAGGCGAGAGUAAGGAAGAAAAGCGUUACAAUCGUGAUCUUAAAGCAAUGCUCGUUCAGAAGAGGGACGACGCCUCCCGAGCCCCUGAUAUUGGGGAACGUAACUCUCAAAACAAAGAGAAGAAGAGGCCUACAUUGAAUGAUUUGACAAGAUUCACGAUGAACAUUCGCGCCUCGAAUCCCGUUACUCCAUGCAAAACUUCCUGUGAAAGGCAAAGGAACAACUCCUCACUACCAGCCACUUCAAACGACCACGCAGCUAUCUGGAACACGAAA